AGUUUUUUUUAUUAUCGUCAAGACCAGUAUGCAGGGGAUCUAGUUGCAGGCAUUUCUUUUUACGCUUGAUACUUUAGGAGGUUAGCCCGGAGCAAGGAGUUUGGGGUAGCCAGGCAAGAGGGGAAGUGAUUGCGCUCGGCUACUGUGCGUGAGUGACAGCCGGGAAGUGCAUCUCUACUCUCAACUGCAUCCUCCCAUUUGCUCCCAAACCUAGAUAAUUCAACCCAACAGACAGGGUGAAAACAUAGACCAGGAUUUUUACUGGAGGAAACUGAAAUUACGAAAAUGAACGAGACAGAACACAUCCCGCUUGCAGAAUACGAUUUUGAGAGAAAAUUUGAUGAAAAGGGCGCUCUCGAAUGGAUGCAAGAAAACUGGAGCAAGUCCUUUAUGUUCUGUGGACUGUAUGCUGCAAUCAUCUUCGGGGUCCAACACUUCAUGAGAGAGAGGCCCAAGCUGAACCUGCGCCGACCACUUGUCCUCUGGUCACUCAGUUUGGCUAUCUUCAGUAUCAUCGGAGCUGUCAGGACCGGAUGUUACAUGUUCCAUGUCCUCAACAAAAGUGGCUUUAAGCAGUCGGUGUGUGACACCAGCUUCUACAGCGCUCCUGUCAGCAAGUUCUGGGCCUACGCCUUUGUCCUGAGCAAGGCCCCUGAGCUGGGCGACACGGUGUUUAUCGUGCUCCGUAAGCAGCGCCUCAUCUUCCUGCACUGGUACCAUCACAUUACCGUGCUGGUCUACUCCUGGUACUCCUACAAGGACCAGGUGGCCGGUGGUGGCUGGUUCAUGACCAUGAACUACCUGGUCCACUCCUUCAUGUACACCUACUAUGCUGCCCGGGCGGCGGGUUACCGGGUGCCCCGACCCUGCGCCAUGGUCAUCACGGCCACCCAGAUCAUGCAGAUGGUGAUGGGGCUUGCUGUCUUAGGCUUGGUCUACCACUGGAUGCACGAAGUGCGCUGCCCGUCUUACGUGCCCAACAUCGCCUGGGGCUCACUCAUGUACCUCAGCUACCUGCUCCUGUUCGCCUCCUUUUUCUACAAGUCCUACCUCAAGGUUGCCGCUGACAAGGAGUCCAAGGCCAAGUAGGGGCUGGAUUCGUCAGAGGCAAGUUGUAUACUGGGCAAGUCAUAUUUAAGAGUGUGCCUAGUUGAGAAGAAUAUUGCGUUGUGCCAUAAUGUGUGAGUCACAACUGGUUUUUGCUGGUUGCUGGGUCCACGUCAAUUGUGGCAAGCCAAUUUCUUCCCACCCCAACUUUGUAUUGCUGUAGCUCAUCUAACUCAUUAGAACCCUGGAUAACACGAUAAUGGAACGGUUGUUGAGAGUGGACAGGGGAACCAGUGCAUGAUCAGGACACAUUAAUAUAAUAUCCCAUUAAAUUUAAAAAAGGCGAUAGAGAGUGCAGCUCAGUUUGAAUAAAAGUACUACUCACUGCAUUUUGAUUUCGUGGCAUUGUUAAUCAAUCUUUUUAACCAGCUGCUUCAGUCAGAAUCUAGUGAAAAACACAGCCAUAUGAGUCCUGAGGUUUCUCCAAGGGCAGUUUACAACCGCGUUUGCAGUCUGCACGUUCAAUGAAUUCGACAGUCACUUACAGGACAUUAUUCAUGCCGAAAGGCUCUAACUUGUAGUGAAAUCUGGUGCUUUUUAGACCAGCGCUGAGAAUUGUCUCACUGUAUUAGACCUCACAACCCUAUAGUAUAACGAAGUGACGAUCAAAAGGAACCAAUGCACUGAUUAAUGUGUCCAUUGUAAAUAAUAUAUCUUAAGAAUUUAUUUAUUUUCUUAAAAUCUAAAGUCUAUGGUGGUCCUUGGAGUGUACCAGGAAAUAGUGGGACUCAGUACGUUUCUGCCUGUCUUAAAUUGUGCAGUAUGAGUUGUGCACUUUUGUAUUUGAAAUGUUUUUCUUUAC